AUGAGAGUCAGUCAUGUGAAGAACCAUGUUGAWGAGCAGAUGGAGCUCAUCAAAAUUAUCAACGAUGCCAUCACCAACUUAACUCGUGUCGGAGAAGAAAAUAUUUCUCUUCAACGAGUGGAAGCUCGAAAAACGGCAUUGCAAGACACUUGGAGCAAAUUUUCUGUUACUCAUGAUGCUAUAAAAAUUGCAAUAAGACGAUUAAGAGAAGACAAAAAAGAAGAAGUAUUGAGACUUUCAUAUUUCAAGGAAGACCUUUACCGUGCCACCUACGAUACUUAUUUAGAAGCGUUGGAAAGGAUGAAUAUUUUGUAUGAUCAACGAAAGCAAGCCGAGAGUAGUUCAUCAGUAACCAGUCAUCUAGAAUUUCCUGUUCAUCAUUAUGGGCCACGUCUUCCAAGUCUGGAUUUACCGAAAUUUAAUGGCGUUCCAUCGGAAUGGCUGCAAUUCAAAGAUUUGUUUAAUUCUAUGGUCAUCAAUAAUAGUUCCCUGUCUGUUAUAUGGAAACUUCAUUAUCUCAAGCAAAGCCUUACURGUCCAGCAGCUAAUUUCUUAAAAAAUACGGUGUUAACAACUGACAAUUUUCAAAAGUCAUGGGAUGCGCUAGUUUCAUUCUACGAGAAUAAGCGGUUAUUAGUAAACUCCGCAUUGCAAUCAUUAUUUAUGAUUAAAAAAAUGACAAAAGAAUCUGCUGCGGAGAUGGAAAGUUUGUAUUCAACAAUUACACAGAUCUAUCGAACUUUGAAGACACUCGGACGACCAGUGGAAACUUGGGAUGAUUUCUUGGUCUUCAUUGCAGUUCAACGUUUGGAUCAAGAAUCAGUGAAAGCUUGGGAACUGCAUUUGGGCUCAACUAAAGACCCUCCGUCAUGGAAACACUUUAUGGAAUUUCUUAUGAGUCGUUUGUUAACUCUCCAAGCAGUUGAAAAAUCGAGAAAUCCUGGUUCUCAACAUAAUCCACGAGUAACUAUGGUUCAUUAUGCAUCUGGAGAUCAGAAUAAUUUCAAGAAAUGUUCAAAUUGCACCGGAGAUCACCAUAUACUUAAUUGCCCAGCGUUUGUCAAUCAACCAAUUGAGAAAAAAUUGGCAAUCAUCAAACGAAAGAAAUUAUGCUACAAUUGCUUAGGAAACCAUAUGGUUAAUAAAUGUGUGUCAACGAAAAAGUGCUUGAAGUGCGGGAGAAAGCAUCAUACAGCAAUCCACAGACCUGGUCCGACGGAAGCAUCUUCAACACUAAGUGCUCAAACCAAUCUUGCAUCACAUUCGACUUUAACAGCUAAUCAGACCCUGUUAGCCACCGCUCAAGUCAAAGUUAUUUCCGAGCAAGGUUUUCAAGUCCAAGCAAGAGCAUUAAUAGAUCCAGGAUCACAAGUAUCCUUUAUAUCUAAGAAACUAGUUCAGCAGCUUCAUCUGAAAAAGAAUCCAACAACAUUUGAAUUACAUGGGAUCGGCGCAGUGAAGGCUAGAAGAACUCAGGGUCUCGUCACAGUUAUUCUACGACCACACUUUGAUUUUUCUCAACAGGUCAUUUUACAAGCUCACAUUUUUCCCAAACUAACAGCGUGGAUUCAACCCAUUUCAAAAUCUAACUGGAGUCAUAUUCAAAGGCUACAACUAGCAGAUCCUAACUAUAAUCAACCGGGAAAAAUUGACAUCAUCGGAGCAGAUUAUUAUGGUCAAAUAUGCCUAGAAGGGCUACGAAAAGGCCCAAGUAUAACUCCUACAGCUCAAUCAACUAUUUUCGGAUGGAUUCUUUUCGGGCCCACUGGUAAUCUUCCAACCUCUUCAAAACAGUGUUUUCACACGUCUGUUAAUGAAGAACUCUACCAGCUCAUAAAGAGAUUCUGGCAACUGGAUGAAAUUCCAGUUAAUAAUACCUCUUCUUUGACACCAAAUGACCAAGAGUGUGAAGAUCAUUUUAAAGCAACACAUUCUCGAGAUAAUACUGGCCGUUACAUCGUUAGAUUGCCAUUAAGAAAACCAGUUCAAUCCCUUGGAGAAUCAAAAAGCGCAGCUUAUCGAAUGUUAUUGACCAUAUCUAAGCGACUUUCAAAAGAUUCGUCAUUGCGAGCUGCUUACUAUGAAUUUAUGGAAGAAUAUCAAAAUUUACAACAUAUGAGUAUAGUAACUGAUUCCUCUACUGAACCUAAGCACUGCUAUUACUUACCUCACCAUGGGGUAAUACGAGAUCAAAGUUUAACUACCAAACUACGAGUUGUUUUCAAUGCAUCCUGCAAAACUUCAAGCGGAUUAUCAUUGAACGACAUUCUUCACACUGGACCUAAAUUGCAGACUGAAAUAAUAGAUGUACUCUUACGGUUCCGUUAUUUUGAAUAUGUUUUCAUAUCGGAUAUUGAGAAAAUGUACCGUCAGAUCAAGGUACAUCCUGAUGACUGGGAUUUCCAAAGAAUUCUUUGGAAGAAUGAGAACGGUGAAUUUAUCACAUAUCAACUAACAACUGUUACCUAUGGAAUGGCUUGCGCUCCUUUUCUGGCACUACGAGCAGUGCAACAACUAAUUGAAGACGAAGGAUCAAAGUAUCCUCUAGCUAUAUCUGCUCUAACUGAAGGACGAUACGUUGAUGAUAUUUUUGGUGGUGCAGACUCCAUCCAAGAAGCACAGGAAACAGUAAAACAAGUUAAUCAACUCUGCAUGGCGGGCGGUUUUCUUCUUAAAAAAUGGAUAAGCAAUCAUCCCUCAAUUCUUCAAUCAAUAUCUUCUUCUGAUCAACUUCUUGCUUCGUCAGUAACCAUCGACAAAAAUACUGUUGUACAUGCACUGGGCAUGAAUUGGAGUCCAAUCACUGAUGAAUUCCAGUUUACAUGGAAUGUUCCCAUCUAUUCGAAAAUUACUAAACGUACUAUUCUUUCAACUAUUGCUAAAUUCUUUGACCCACUUGGACUACUAUCACCAGUGAUAAUCAAUGCAAAAAUCUUCAUUCAACAACUUUGGACUAAUCAGCUUGACUGGGAUGACCCAUUGCCUACAGAACUUUCAAUUCAGUGGAAAAAUUUGAUUCAAAGUUUUCAAGAGAUGAGCUUGAUGUCAAUUCCUCGCUGGCUAAAAAACGUCCCACAGUAA